UUGCUCUGACAGCAACAGUUUCGCCGUAUUCUGUAGCCGAGUGCUCGAAGAGAAUGUUUUAUUUUUCCUGUGUUCUUCCCAACCUAGCAAUUAGUGAAAUUUUAAAGUGUGUUCAUCACGAAGGUGCCAAGUGUGUAGUUUGUUUUUGUGUUUUAAAUGAAGCUUCAAUGAAACCCAAGUGAACCCACCAGCGAAUAUGAGCGUCUUCCACCGACCCUUCGUGGGUCUUAUAAUACUGUGCGUCGUGAUAUCCCUGCUGCUGGCCCAGAGUAGCGAUGGUGGCGGAGAACGGCUGAUGAGUCACGUGGAGAAGCAGCGGUACGACGGAUGGUACAACAAUCUGGCCCACCCGGACUGGGGUGCCGUUGACAAUCACCUCACGAGGAAAGCGCCGCCCGCCUACUCGGAUGGCGUUUACGUCCUCGCCGGAUCGAAUCGUCCCUCGCCACGAGUCCUGAGUCGGUUGUUUAUGCGUGGCAAGGACGGCCUGCCCUCGAAGCAGAACCGCACUGCCCUGUUGGCCUUUUUUGGCCAGGUCGUAACGAAUGAGGUCGUGAUGGCGUCCGAGUCGGGUUGCCCAAUCGAGAUGCACCGGAUCGAGAUUGAAAGGUGCGACGAAAUGUACGACCGGGAGUGCCGCGGGGAUCGGUACAUUCCGUUUCACCGGGCGGCCUACGAUCGGAACACCGGCCAAAGUCCGAACGCGCCCCGUGAGCAGCUGAACCAGAUGACGGCGUGGAUCGAUGGGAGCUUUAUCUACAGCACGUCGGAGGCGUGGUUGAACGCGAUGCGAUCCUUCCAGGAUGGGUUGCUGUUGACGAACGAUAAGGGAACGAUGCCGGUGAAAAACACGAUGCGGGUGCCGCUGUUUAACAAUCCGGUGCCACACGUGAUGCGGAUGUUGAAUCCAGAGCGAUUGUACCUAUUGGGCGAUCCUCGUACGAACCAAAACCCGGCGCUGCUCUCGUUCGCAAUUCUCCUUCUCCGAUGGCACAACGUGGUCGCCAAGCGGGUGCGCAAACAGCACCGCGACUGGACCGACGAGGAGAUCUUCCAGCGAUCGCGACGGGUCGUGAUCGCCAGCUUGCAGAACAUCAUCUCGUACGAGUACCUGCCGGCGUUCAUGGACGCGGAGCUGCCCCCGUACAGCGGGUACAAAGCGGACACCCACCCGGGCGUUAGUCACAUGUUCCAGGCUGCGGCGUUCCGCUUCGGACACUCGCUCAUUCCACCGGGGUUGUUCCGCCGGAACGGCGAGUGCGACUUCCGGCGAACCAACAUGGACUACCCGGCGUUGCGACUGUGUUCUACGUGGUGGAAUUCCAACGACGUGUUGGACGACACCCCGAUUGAGGAGUUUAUAAUGGGGAUGGCGUCGCAGAUUGCCGAACGCGAGGAUCCGCUGCUGUGUUCGGACGUUCGGGAUAAGUUGUUUGGGCCGAUGGAGUUUUCGCGGCGGGAUCUGGGCGCGUUGAACAUUAUGCGGGGCCGGGACAAUGGGCUGCCCGAUUACAAUACAGCUAGAGUGGCGUACAAACUACCAAAGAAGAAGACGUGGCGGGAUAUCAAUCCGGAGGUGUUUGACCGACAGCCGGAACUGUUGGACUUGCUCAUCAAAACCUACGAUAAUCGGCUGGACAAUGUGGACGUUUACGUGGGCGGUAUGCUGGAGUCAGACGGGAAACCCGGCGAGCUAUUCACAUCGGUCAUCAUUGAUCAGUUUACCAGGAUUCGGGAUGCCGAUCGAUUUUGGUUCGAGAAUGAGGAUAACGGAAUUUUCACCAAGGAAGAGAUCGCUGAGCUACGCAAGAUUACUCUGUGGGACAUCAUAGUCAACAGCACGGACAUCGAUUCGGACGCAAUUCAGAAGGAUGUCUUCCACUGGACCGAGGGUGAUCCAUGCCCUCAGCCGGAACAACUGAACGCCACGCUGUUGGAACCCUGCAAUUAUCUGGAGGGAUACGAUUACUUCUCCGGAUCUGAGCUGGCCUACAUUUACUCGUGUGUUUUCCUUGGAUUUGUACCGAUCCUCUGCGCUGGAGCUGGUUAUUGUGUGAUCAAGCUGCAGAAUAGUCGGAGAAGGAAGCUGAAGAUCAAGCAGGAAGCGAUGAAGUCUAACGGUACUAGCAAGGCAUCGGUGGAGAAGAUGAUGGCAAGGGAGUGGCUCCACGCGAACCACAAGCGACUGGUGACCGUCAAGUUUGGACCGGAAGCGGCGAUUCAUACGGUAGAUCGGAAGGGUGAAAAGCUGAGGUCGUUCAACUUGAAGAAUGUGGACGUGGUGACCGUUGAGCAGUCGGCGGAGAACUACAAGAAGAAGAAGCCUUACAUUCUGCUGAGCGUGCCCAACGAUCACGAUCUUGUGCUGGAGCUGGAAUCGAACUCUUCGCGUAGAAAGUUCGUGAAGAAGCUGGAGGAUUUCCUGCUGCUUCACAAGAAGGACAUGACCAUUAUUGAGGUGCAGCGUGAUUUGAUGCUAGCGAAGGCUGAAACACGCGAGCGUAGACAGAAGAGGCUGGAGCACUUCUUCCGUGAGGCUUACGCGUUGACCUUCGGGCUGCGACCGGGUGAACGUCGCCGAAGAUCGGAUGCUUCCGUUGAUGGGGAGGUCAUGACCGUGAUGCGAACCAGUUUGUCCAAGUCGGAGUUUGCCGCUGCGUUGGGUAUGAAGCCGGACGAUAUGUUUGUCCGCAAGAUGUUCAACAUUGUGGACAAGGAUCAGGACGGGCGGAUUUCGUUCCAGGAAUUCCUCGAAACCGUUGUACUGUUCUCGCGCGGUAAAACCGACGACAAGCUGCGGAUUAUCUUCGACAUGUGCGAUAACGAUCGCAACGGCGUGAUCGACAAGGGCGAACUGAGCGAGAUGAUGCGAUCGUUGGUGGAGAUUGCGCGCACGACUAGCGUCACGGACAACCAGGUGAAGGAACUGAUCGACGGGAUGUUCCAGGACGUCGGGUUGGAGCACAAGAACCACCUUACCUAUCAGGACUUCAAGCUGAUGAUGAAGGAGUACAAGGGUGACUUUGUGGCGAUCGGUCUGGACUGCAAGGGUGCAAAGCAGAAUUUCCUGGAUACCUCGACGAACGUGGCCCGAAUGACGUCGUUCCACAUUGAGCCACCGUCGGAUGCCCGUCGCAACUGGAUGCAGGAAAAGUGGGACAGCUACACGACGUUCUUGGAGGAAAACCGACAGAACAUCUUCUACCUGUUUCUGUUUUACGUGAUCACGAUCGUGCUGUUUGUGGAGAGAUUCAUUCACUACUCGUUCAUGGCCGAGCACACCGAUUUGAGACACAUUAUGGGAGUUGGUAUUGCUAUAACUCGAGGAUCAGCUGCCUCGCUGUCAUUCUGCUACUCGCUGCUGCUGCUUACCAUGUCACGCAACCUCAUCACCAAGCUGAAAGAGUUCCCCAUCCAGCAGUACAUCCCGUUGGACUCCCACAUCCAGUUCCACAAGAUCGCUGCCUGCACGGCGUUGUUCUUCUCGCUGCUGCACACCGUUGGCCACAUCGUCAACUUCUACCACGUGUCCACGCAGUCCAUCGAAAACCUAAAGUGUCUCACCAAGGAGGUCCACUUCACCUCGGAUUACCGUCCGGACAUCACGUACUGGUUGUUCCAAACCGUUACAGGUGUCACCGGAGUCAUCCUGUUCGUCAUCAUGUGCAUCAUCUUCGCGUUCGCCCACCCCACGAUCCGCAAGAAGGCGUACAAGUUCUUCUGGAACGCGCACUCCCUGUACGUCCUGCUGUACGCGCUCUGUCUGAUCCACGGCCUUGCCCGUCUGACCGGUGCCCCCCGUUUCUGGAUCUUCUUCAUCGGCCCCGGCAUUAUCUACACGCUGGACAAGAUCGUCUCGUUGCGGACCAAGUACAUGGCGCUGGACGUGAUCGAGACGGAUCUGCUGCCGUCAGACGUGAUCAAGAUAAAGUUCUACCGGCCACCGAAUCUAAAGUAUCUGUCCGGCCAGUGGGUGCGGCUGUCUUGUACCGAGAUCAAGCCCGAGGAAAUGCACAGCUUCACGUUGACCUCGGCGCCGCACGAGAACUACCUGAGCUGCCACAUUAAGGCACAGGGGCCGUGGACUUGGAAGUUGCGCAACUACUUCGACCCGUGCAACUACAACCCGGACGAUCAACCGAAGAUCCGCAUCGAGGGUCCGUUUGGCGGGGGCAACCAGGACUGGUACAAGUUUGAGGUGGCCGUUAUGGUGGGCGGUGGCAUCGGAGUUACGCCGUACGCGUCGAUCCUGAACGAUCUGGUGUUUGGAACCAGCACGAACCGGUACUCGGGGGUGGCCUGUAAGAAGGUGUACUUCCUGUGGAUCUGUCCGUCACACAAGCACUUUGAGUGGUUCAUCGAUGUGCUGCGCGAUGUGGAGAAGAAGGACGUCACCAACGUGCUUGAGAUUCACAUCUUCAUCACGCAAUUCUUCCACAAGUUUGAUCUGCGAACGACGAUGUUGUACAUUUGCGAGAAUCACUUCCAGCGGCUAUCGAAAACGUCCAUGUUUACCGGCCUGAAGGCGGUGAAUCACUUCGGCCGCCCGGAUAUGUCUAGUUUCCUUAAGUUUGUACAAAAGAAGCACUCCUAUGUAUCAAAGAUAGGCGUGUUCUCGUGCGGGCCACGACCGCUCACCAAGAGCGUCAUGUCGGCGUGUGACGAGGUUAACAAGGGACGAAAGUUGCCAUAUUUUAUUCAUCAUUUCGAAAACUUUGGCUAAGCGAUUGCGGUACGGUGGUUCGUGUGCCUGUUUUUGCUCACUUAGGUUUCUAUACCGUUACUCUGUGUACUAAUAUUUUUACCGUUAGUUUAGCCCAAGUGUAACAAUCCGGUCCCCCUUCUAGGAUAAUUGCUUACCGCGUAGAUUCGUAAUUUUAUAUGUUUAUUAUUAUUAUUAUUUUUGCAAUCGUUAAGCUCAAAAUAUUGCAAAUCGUGUCCAAGUCCAAGUGAGUGAAAGUAUUAUUUCAAGUGUCGCCGGAGUCACUUGAAGCGUGUUAUUUUUCUGUGAAGUUUUCAUCAUCUGAAUGUGAAGCCUAGCUACACAGUUUUCGUCGGAAACGAAACCGAUACUUUUUAUAAAAUAAAAGUUAAUAAAACUUCAUCUGCCAGCAUAUCAAAAUAAUUGAUAAUGAAACGUGAGUGAUAUUACUAUUAAUUCAUGUAAAAAAACGAAGAAAAAGGUCAUCGUCUCACCGCCGAGCAAAAUUCAUUCACAAACGUCGAUCUACAGAGUGUAAGGCAUUACCAGCAAAAGCAAGAAAGCGCCGUAUUUGCGCGAAACCCUUAGCUUGUAAUCACCCUAAAUGUAAACAUAAACUGCCGGAUUUCAUUUAAAACAAAACAAGAAACGAAUACACCAGUUAAAAAACGUAAAUCUGUUUUGAAAUUGAAAAUUAAAUGCUCUUUUCAUCUAGAUUUUUUUUCUACGUCUUGAUCUAAACAUAUUCUCAGUGCUAUUUUUGUCUUCAGAAAUGCUUCAUUUGGUGUUCAUUUUUGUGUAGAGUUGUAAUCAAGAAACGCAGCGUUUGUAAGAAUGUGUAAAUAGUUUAUGUAAGUCAAGUCGCCAAUAUUUAUUACUCUAAAUAAAAUAAAGUAGCGAGAAUAAAA